AUGGAAGUGGAAGGGAGGAGUGAGCAGGGUAAGCCAAGGAAGGGGCGAGUUUGCAGCAGCCUCUGGCUGGAGAGCUGCCCAGCCUCCAGGACUCAGACCUCCACGGUGGACACGAGCGCCCAGCACCACAGGAGCCUCUCCGGUGUGGCAGUGGAGACCCCGAGGCUUUCCCCACGAAGACAGGGAGGCCACCUGCACUCCCGGCGCCGCCACCGCACCACCUUCAGCCCAGCGCAGCUGGAGCAGCUGGAGUCAGCCUUUGGGAGGAACCAGUACCCUGACGUUUGGGCCCGAGAGGACCUGGCCCGGGACACCGGUCUCAGUGAAGCCAGAAUCCAGGUCUGGUUCCAGAACCGCAGAGCUAAGCAGAGGAAGCAAGAGCGGUCACUGCUUCAGUCGCUGGUCCAUCUGUCUCCUGCUACCUUCUCUGGUUUCUUGCCCGAGUCCUCUGCUUGCCCCUACUCCUACUCAACACCAUCUCCACCAGGGACCUGCUUUCCUCAUCCCUACAAUUAUACUCUUCCCUGCCAGCCCUCCACAGGUGGUUCCUUUGCUCGACCCCAUCAGUCUGAAGACUGGUACUCCACUUUGCACCCAAACCCCGCUGGUCAUCUUCCCUGUCCCCCACCCCCACCCAUGCUUCCUCUCAGCCUUGAGCCACCAAAGUCCUGGAACUAA